UCACAUAAAAUAACCUCAUUUUGGUUUCGUAUGAAUUCAUAUUGUCAUUUCUGUUUAUCGAUGAAUAAGUUUCAGAAACUACGGUUAGCAUAAUCAUAUCAGCCUUACUGCGGACUUUAUAAAACUGUAUGUUAUAUGAAAGAUCUUUAUUUAUAUUUUCAAAUGAAAAAGAACAAACAUUUUUAGUCUGAUUUCUUUAAGAUAUAAAAAUGGGAUCUGCUCUUUUAGACUGUUUGAGAGGACUUUGUGGUGCUAAGAAGGAAGAAGAAGAAGCUGAAUUAGUGUCCUCUGUGGUUGAAGAUGCAUUGCGAAGGGAAGAUGAAGGCUUAAAUUUUUUUCGAAGACAUGUGCCGAUUAGAUAUGUUUUGACCUUUAUGGGAUUCCUUAGUUUCACAGUUCUGAAUAUGAUGAGAGUGGACAUAAGCGUUGGUAUCGUGUGUAUGGUUAAUUGGAAAAAUUUAACUGAUAUCUCUGAAGGUCAGUCGUGCUCUUACGAUUCCUCAGUGACCAAUUCUUCAGUUAAUGUAAGAUCAGACGAUGAGGAUGGCCCUUUUACGAUAUCUACUCUUAUGCAAGGAGUUAUUUUGGCCGGUUACUUUUAUGGAUUGUUGGCAACUCAAUAUCUAGGUGUGAUAUUGUGUGAAAGAUUAAGUGCUAAAUAUCUUCUUCUGAGCGGGGUGUUCAUUUCUUCAUUGUGUACAGUUCUCGUGCCUGCGGCUGCUCAUUCAAGUGGAAUCGGUUUAAGUGUCGUGCAAAUUUUCAAAGGAGCUGGACUAGGAAUCGUCAUUCCAGCUUUUAACACAUUGAUUGGAAAAUGGAUACCAUUAAGUGAGAGGUUUUAUUCAAUGUGCAUUAUAGGUAGUGGAGUGCCAUUUGGGAGAUUUUUAGGAACUUUAAUUUCUGGAAAAAUCUGUAAAAACGAAAAUCUGGGAUGGUCGCAUAUAUUCUAUAUCUUUGGUGGAAUGGGAUUUAUUUAUUGUAUAUUAUGGGUUGCCUUCAUUUUUGAGUCACCAUUGACUCAUCCAUACAUCACUUAUAACGAAAUGAUUCGAAUUUUAAAAAGUAGAGUGAUUUUACCUCAACCAAAAACAGUCGUACCUUGGAAGUACAUUCUGAAAUCGAUACAUGUGUGGGCUUACUUUAUUCUUGGAUUUUCUUCGUAUUGGGUUCUUAGCAUUUACACGACACUCGUCCCAACAUUUUUGAGUACAGUCCUGAAAUUUGACAUUGAAAUGGUUGGAGCCUGGUCUUCUUUGCCUUACGUAUUUGAAUUGAUAUUCUUUAUUUAUUCCUGUGUGCUUAAUGACAGACUAAAAAGAGUGGCAAGAAUAAGAUCUGCAAUUGUUCAUAAGUGGUCGAUUGUCGUUGGUCUAAUUGGUUUUGCUGCGUUCUUUUUGGGUCUCCCUUUCUCUGGUUGUGAUCGAGUUAUUGCUAUUUCUUGCCUCGUUAUGGCUAUGGCUUUCUACGGAAUAAUCAUUGGUUCUGCUUCUCAUGUACCUAUGGCAUUGUCUCCUCGAUAUGCAGAUAAAAUUUCUGUAAUAAUGAACACAUUUGGUGCUAUAACGGGUAUAAUUCCACCUACUAUGAUGGGUCUUUUAACUAAAGAAAAACGAACUAUGGAUGAAUGGCAAAUCCUGUUUUACAUCACGGCUGCCUUCAGCCUGGUGGCUCUUCUGGUCUUUUUAAUUUUCGGAUCUAGUUCAGUUCAAGAAUGGGAUGAUCCGCAUUUUCUCGGAAUAACAGAUUCUGAAGAUCAUCGAGAUCUGGCGGUCGAAGUCAGCGCAACUCCUGAAGGAAGAAUAGAUCUUAAACUGAAGUCACCAUCAAAAUAAAACGCUAAAAUUAUCAAGAUAUUUUCAGGCUGAAAUCAUGUAAUACCAUCUAUCUAAAUUUAAGAAGCUGAAUGUGGAUUAUUAAAGAUAUUGUCAAGCGUAAGAGUAUUUUUUUUAACAUAUGAGUGACUGAACCAUAAAAAUACUAAGUCUGUGACAGAACUGUGACAGCAAAACGAGAAAUUAAAUAAAUAAAUAAGAUCUCAGUGACAUUAUAAAACCUUUAAGUACAUAGUUUUUCUAGAAUUUUACCACGUCUAUUGAAAUGUAGCAUGGUCUAAUAUAAUGCAAUUGUGUAAGGUUUACUGAUUUGACUACCAUGUGCCUAGGAUUAGGUUUUGAGAAAAACGUAAUAGGUGUCAGAUUAAGCAGAAGCAAUUGCAAUCAUUUCAAUUAUUUCAACACCCGCUGUUAAGAAUUGCAAUUAAUUCAACUGCUAGACUACUACCCUCUCCAAAUGUGUAUUAUUGAUCAGCAAGGAAGAAUUUGAAUUAAAGUAGAAAAUAUUUUAAUUGUUUUUAAUAUCCCAUGUGAUUCGUAUGAUUUUUCUAAAGCUUUAAUUAAUUCUAAAUAAUUUCCUUUUAUUAUAAUUGAGUGAGCCACCUAUUGAAACGAUUUGAAAACUUUUACUUUUUAAACAUCAACACAUUGCAGUUGAAUCGCCACAACACUGACAACAUAUUUUUAAGGCUAAUGUGCACAUACUCACAUUAUGCCUUACUUAGAAUUAGUUUGUCAAAAUUAUUAAUUCAUCAAACUAUAAAGCGAAUUAUUUUUUCCACAACCUUUAAGAACUAUUUUGUGAGUGUGUUGAAAUUUACAUUUUUGCAAAUAUUAAAUGCUAUUAAUAUAAACGCUAUUAUUAUUAUUAUGAUAUUAUUUAUCUGCUGUCCCAGAAAUGACUGAUGAUUUAAAAAAUCAUUUAAAGAGAAACCGAAAAAUAUGUAAAUAUAUGAAUUGCUAGAGAUACUUGCGUUCUAGAGAAACUAAAAUAUUGAUUGCAAAAUUUUUAAAACGAUAUUCCAAAACCCGUUGUUAUACUUUUUGCAAUUAAAAUUCUCAGAAUAGGAAACAAGAUUUAUUUUAUUACAUGAACUAAUAUAUAAGAAAUUAUUAAUAAUUUUGGAACUAAGACUUCAAUUAUGUAGCAACUAUGUUUAUUCAUGCAUAUUUAUUAC